CCGCCCCCUCGCCGAUCGAUGACCGCACCUCCCACCACAUCCGACUAACUCCGGCCGGGGACGCAUCGCCUUGGCUGUAUAUAUAGGAAGCUAGCGGACGACCCGCACGCCCCAUCAAACGCCAUGGCUGUGGACCUGCAACGCCUGCGCCACAAGUUACUCACCACCGGCGGCCACCACCAACUCGCCUCCGCCGCUGCUAUGCCAGCGAGUGGGCCUUGUUAUGGCGCUGCGGUGCCGAGCCAGCGGGGGCACCAGCCGUACGCGGACCUCUUCACGCUGCCGCCGCCGCCGCCGAUGUCGUCGUCGGCCCCGUAUCAGUGUUCGGAGUUCUUGGCGAUGGCCGCGGCUGAUCUGGCGAAGAAGGGCGUCAGCCCCGCCGGUGCUCAGGAAAUGAUUACCAACAAGCGGAAGCGCGACGAGCGGUCGUCGGUUCUUGGCGCGGCUGACGUUCUCCCCGCCCACGCACAACAGGAGGCUAUCGCCGUCGACUGCAUCCUGCUCAAACAUGCGAAACAGAUGUGGACUACUUUGGCGGAGCAAGGGCAGAGCCACACGAAGCGAAUCGUCUCGGCCGUGGAGGCCAGGGCGGCGAAGCGGCUCAAGGCCAAGGACGAGGAGAUUGAGCGGAUCAGGACCAUGAACUGGGCACUCGACGAGCGCCUGAGGAACCUCUUGAUGGAGGCUCAGAUGUGGCGCGACGUCGCGCAGUCCCACGAGGCCACGGCCAACGUGCUCCGCGGCGACCUACAGCGGGUGCUCGACGCUCAGGCGGUCCGUGGCAGUGGAAGCGGCGACGGUCAGGAGGACGACGCCGAGUCGUGCUGCUGGGGGGAGAACCAGGUGCCCCUCGGCGCGGAGGAGGAGGUGGGCACGCCGGUAGUGGAGGAGCGUCCGGCGACAGGAACAAGAAUGUGCAAGGCGUGUCACGACGGCGCGGCCGUUGUGCUGCUGCUGCCGUGCCGGCACCUCUCUGUGUGCGCGCCGUGCGCGGCCGCGGCGCAGGCGUGCCCGGCGUGCGGUAGCGCCAAGAAUGGCAGCGUCUGCGUCAACUUUUCGUGAUGCGGGAGGAAUAGUUUUAGAGUCGACAUCUUGUUUCCUUCUGAAACUUACUAGAGUCGACUUUUGUUUGUAUUCUUUUGUUCACUUUUUUGUUGUUGUUGUUGACGGGGGUGAUAGGUAGAUAGGAGGAUGGUUGGAUGACAUAGAUAUGAGAGUAUGAGUUUCCCUUUUUUUUGUUUAGUUUAGCCUUUUGCUGAAUCUGUUGGAUCAAUUUGAUCAACAAGGAGAAAAACAGUUCCUAGUAUUGCAGAUCAA